CCACAACACAUUUUGUAGGAAAACUUAGAACCCUUAAACCAUCUAUCCAAAACCCCUACUUCUCCCCUUGCCUCUGCAUAUUCACUGAUACUUCCCACCGUCUCCGCCUCGCCGAUUAACUUCCGGCAGCCGCUGCUCCGUCACAAACCACCGGCAACACACGACGCCGUAUCCAACGUUCAUUCCACCGUUUAUAUCAUAUGGACUUGAUUGAAACAAUCCAUGAAAUCCCGGUGCAAAAUCCGUCAGUAGAUGAUUUCUGUGCUGCUGAUCUAAAGUGGGUCAAGUUUGGCACUCCAGAGCAUCACGACGAUGUAGCCCUGAUUCCUUACGCUAGAGUCGAUGAGUUCAUAUUCGGAGAGUGUUCUAACGUAGAAUCUCCAACCCGUUUCCACAUCGAGAGAGGAAGAAAACGUUCGAAAGGCAGCUUACUAGAAUUCAAAAGCGACGAAUAUUUGGAAUACAGACUGUACUGGUGCUCGUUUGGUCCCGAAAAUUACGGGGAAGGAGGGAUUAUAUUACCAAGUCGAAGAUAUCGACUCAACACUCGAAACCGUGCAGCUCGGCCUCAAUCAAUGCGCGGUUGUACAUGCCAUUUUGUGGUAAAACGUUUGUAUGCGCGUCCGUCUCUUGCGCUCAUAGUAUACAACGAUCGACGCCAUGUGAAUAAGUCGGGACUUAUAUGCCAUGGUCCGCUCGACCGCGAUGCUAUCGGCCCCAGAGCGAAGAAGAUUCCAUACGUAGGAAACGAGAUUCAACAGCAAACAAUGUCAAUGAUUUAUCUUGGCAUACCUGAAGAGAAUGUGUUAGAGAAACAUAUAGAAGGGAUUCAACGUUAUUGCGGGUCAGACGUGGUGGUCAACUCUCUUGCUUCUCAAUAUGUUCAUAAACUUGGGAUGAUUAUUAAACGGUCAACGCAUGAACUGGAUUUGGACGAUGAAGCAAGUAUACGUAUAUGGGCUGAUCGUAAUAAGAAAUCGAUUUUCUAUUAUGAGGAAUCUACCGAGCCGUUUAUUCUUGGGGUGCAAACGGAAUGGCAGUUACAGCAGAUGCUUCGGUUUGGACAUCACAGCAUUAUAGCAGUCGACUCGACCUUUGGAAUCAAGAGAUUAAAGUAUCCUCUGUGCACGCUUUUGGUGUUUGAUUCGAGACAACACGCACUUCCCGUAGCGUGGGUCAUUACACGUAGUGUUUCCAAGGCUGACAUGAGUAAAUGGAUGAAAGCUUUACUUGGUCGUGUUUGUGCUGUUGACCCUACAUUUAAGGUCAACGGGUUCAUUAUAGAUGAUGCAGCAGCUGAGAUUGAUCCUAUAAAGGAGACGUUUUCAUGCCCGAUACUAUUUUCUUUAUGGCGUGUUCGUCGAUCAUGGCUCCGACAUAUUGUCAAGAACUGUAGGAACAUUGAAGUUCAAAGAGAAAUCUUCAAACGUCUUGGAGAAAUAGUUUACAGCAUUUGGUCUGGAGCAAAUCCGUUUACCGUUUUAGAGAAAUUCACCCAUGACUUUGUUGACCAAACAUACUUCAUGCAAUAUUUCACUGCCACAUGGGUACCUAAGAUUGAAAUGUGGUUGACUGUAAUGAGAACUCUCCCACUUGCAAGUCAAGAAGCAUCCGGUGCAAUCGAAGCUUAUCAUGUGAAGUUAAAAGUAAAACUUUUUGAUGAUUCACACCUCGGUGCACUCCAGAGAGUCGAUUGGUUGGUGCAUAAGUUAACAACCGAGUUACACUCUAGCUACUGGCUCGACCGCUACGCGGACGAAAGCGACUCAUUUCAAACCGUAAAGGAGGAAUACAUCAAUUCCACAUCAUGGCACCGCGCAUCGCAAAUCCCCGACACAGAUGUUACAUUAGACAAACUUUUCGCUAAAAUAGUUAGCCAAAGCGAUCGAACGCGUGUCCAUCUAGUCUGGAAUCCCGGGUCUGAGUUUGCAUUUUGUGAUUGUGAAUGGUCAUUGCACGGAAAUCUAUGCAAACAUGUGGUCAAAGUCAACAUGAUGUGUGAAAAUCGUUGCGAGUAUCAAAGUUCGACUUCAUUUCAGUCAUAUCAGGAGAUACUUACGAGCAUGUUCAAGAAACCACCAGACGAUUCACUUGAACUUGAUUUAGCGGUAGCCUGGUUGAAUCAGAUUCAUGAUCAAAUUGAGAAGCUGGUGGAAUUAAACAAGUCAACGGAUAUCGGCAUGGUAGUCAACAAGCUUCCAUUAAAGUGGGGUGAUAGGAAAAACCGAACGUUAUUGUGCAGACAGGCAGCCGUUAGACCUUGUGUUAGUUCGUCUUCGAAGAGCAAUGUUGCUCGUAAGAAGAGUCGUAAGAGGAGAAGACUGUCGAGUAUAAGGUGAGAGAGCGUUACGCAUCGGUUUUCAACUGUUUUAUUGUUUUUUAAUCGGUUUAAUUCGUUACUAAUUUUGGUUACAAUGUUGGUCGCUUAAAGGUUUUGAGUUGAAUAGAAUUACGUCAAAAGGUGUACAUAACAUUAUUUUCAUAAAAAAAAUCCGUUACGGUUUAGAGAUUU